GCGGCCAGGUCGCGGCGGGAGCCAGCUUCCUCGCCGGCCGCCCGCGCGACCAACCUGGGCGCCCUGCGCCCCCGGAUGCGGCAGGUUAUUCAGCGAUAGUUAUGACCUCCCGGCUACGUGCGUUGGGUGGAAGAAUUAAUAAUAUACGAACCUCCGAAUUACCCAAAGAAAAAUCUCGAUCUGAAGUCAUCUGCAGCAUUCGAUUUUUAGAUGGCUUGGUACAGACCUUUAAAGUUAAUAAACAAGAUACGGGCCAGUCACUUUUGGACCUGGCAUACGGCCACCUGGGUGUGACAGAGAAGGAAUACUUUGGCUUACAGCAUGGCGAGGACCCAGUGGACUCCCCCAGAUGGCUCGAGGCAAGCAAGCCCCUCAGGAAGCAGCUGAAAGGAGGUUUCCCCUGUACCCUGCAUUUUCGAGUAAGAUUUUUUAUACCUGAUCCCAACACCCUGCAGCAAGAACAAACCAGGCAUUUGUAUUUCUUACAACUGAAGAUGGAUGUUUGUGAAGGAAGGUUAACCUGCCCUUUGAACUCAGCAGUGGUUCUAGCAUCCUAUGCAGUACAAUCUCAUUUUGGAGACUUUAAUUCUUCCGUACAUCAUCCAGGCUAUCUUGCCGACAGCCAGUUCAUACCAGAUCAAAAUGAUGACUUUUUAACCAAGGUGGAAACGCUCCAUGAGCAGCACAGUGGGCUGAAGCAGUCAGAAGCUGAAUCUUGCUACAUUAACAUAGCUCGGACCCUUGACUUCUACGGAGUGGAACUGCACGGCGGUAGAGAUCUGCACAAUUUAGAUCUAAUGAUUGGAAUUGCCUCUGCGGGCAUUGCUGUAUACCGAAAAUAUAUUUGCACAAGUUUCUAUCCUUGGGUGAACAUCCUCAAAAUUUCUUUCAAAAGGAAAAAAUUCUUUAUACAUCAGCGGCAAAAACAGGCUGAAUCCAGGGAACAUAUCGUGGCCUUCAACAUGCUAAAUUACAGAUCUUGCAAAAACUUGUGGAAAUCCUGUGUCGAGCACCAUUCAUUCUUUCAAGCCAAAAAAUUACUACCUCAGGAAAAGAAUGUUCUGUCUCAGUACUGGACGCUGGGCUCCAGGAACCCCAAAAAGUCUGUAAAUAACCAAUAUUGCAAAAAGGUGAUUGGAGGAAUGGUGUGGAACCCAGCCAUGAGGAGGUCCUUGUCAGUGGAGCAGCUGGAAACCAAAAGCCUACCUUCCCGGUCCCCUCCCAUCACUCCCAACUGGCGAAGUCCUCGACUCCGUCAUGAAAUCCGCAAGCCCCGCCAUUCCUCUGCGGACAACCUGGCCAAUGAGAUGACCUACAUUACAGAAACUGAAGACGUGUUCUACACCUACAAAGGCUCCCUGUCCCCCAAAGACAGCGAUUCUGAAGUUUCCCAGCACCGAAGCCCACACCGAGAGAGUUUAUCUGAAAACAACCCAGCACAAAGCUGCCUCAACCAGAAGUCAUCCAGUUCUGUGUCUCCAUCUUCAAAUGCUCCAGGCUCCUGCUCCCCAGAUGGCGUCGACCAUCAGUUCUUGGAGGACUACCACAGGGUUACCAAAGGGGGCUCCACUGAGGAUGCCAGCCAGUACUACUGUGACAAGAAUGAUGAUGGUGACGGCUACCUAGUCCUGAUCCGUAUCACACCAGAUGAAGAUGGAAAAUUUGGAUUUAACCUUAAGGGAGGAGUGGAUCAAAAGAUGCCUCUUGUAGUCUCAAGAAUAAACCCAGAAUCACCUGCAGACACCUGCAUGCCUAAGCUGAAUGAAGGGGAUCAGAUCGUGUUAAUCAAUGGCCGGGACAUCUCAGAGCACACCCAUGACCAGGUGGUGAUGUUCAUCAAAGCCAGCCGGGAGUCCCACUCGAGGGAGCUGGCUCUGGUGAUCAGGAGGAAAGCUGUGCGCUCACUGGCAGAGAUCAGAUCUGAAGAUGAGCUGAGCCAGCUAUUCCCAGAGGCCAUGUUCUCCGCAUGCCCCGAGGGUGGGGACACUCUGGAGGGAUCCAUGGAGCUGCUAAAGAAAGGCCUGGAAAGUGGCACAGUGCUGAUCCAGUUUGAGCAACUCUACAGAAAGAAGCCAGGCUUGGCCAUCACAUUUGCAAAGCUGCCUCAGAAUUUGGACAAAAACCGAUAUAAAGAUGUGUUGCCUUAUGACACCACCCGGGUAUUACUGCAGGGAAAUGAAGAUUAUAUUAAUGCGAGUUAUGUGAACAUGGAAAUUCCCACUGCCGACCUCGUGAACAAAUACAUUGCCACUCAGGGACCCCUGCCACACACCUGUGCACAGUUUUGGCAAGUUGUCUGGGAUCAGAAGUUGUCUCUUGUUGUCAUGCUGACGACCCUCACAGAGCGAGGGCGGACCAAAUGUCACCAGUACUGGCCUGAUCCCCCCGAUGUCAUGAACCAUGGCAUCUUUCACAUUCAGUGUCAGGCAGAGGAUUGCACCAUUGCCUACGUGUCCCGAGAGAUGGUAGUCACAAACACUGAGACUGGGGAAGAACACACAGUGACCCAUCUCCAGUAUGUCGCGUGGCCUGACCAUGGUGUACCUGAUGACUCCUCAGACUUCCUGGAGUUUGUGAACUACAUGAGGUCCCUAAGGGUGGACCAUGAGCCUGUCCUAGUUCACUGCAGUGCUGGAAUAGGUCGAACAGGUGUAUUGGUCACUAUGGAAACAGCCAUGUGCUUAAUUGAGAGGAACCUGCCUGUUUACCCACUGGAUAUUGUCCGGAAAAUGAGAGACCAGCGUGCCAUGAUGGUGCAGACAUCUAGCCAGUACAAGUUUGUGUGCGAAGCAAUUCUUCGAGUGUAUGAAGAAGGGUUAGUCCAGAGACUGGAUCCCAGUUAGGACAACUGUGAAGCGUUCAUUCCCCCUUCCCUAGGGCUUCCUCCAAAAGAAGGGGACACACCUUCCCCCGGAGGCCUCCAGAGAUGCUGAUCGCUGUGGGAAAGGGAUGAGCUCAUUUGAAUCCAGGCACUUUAAAUUUCUGUGGAAAAGAUAUCCUGUACAUAGGAACUGAUGUAGAUAUGCAUGCAACUGUGGCUUCUUUGGGCCCAGAGAGACACGCAACAGGGAAAUUUCAGAUGGGGACUGUUUGCCUCUCUAGGCAUUACCAUCCCCCACCAGGCAUCCUUGGGCAAUGAGAAGGAAUGCCAGCGAUGCUGUUGACACCUCUGCCCCCCAGAAGCCAGACAAUGUGGCUACUUGUGGUUGCUCGAGUGUUUUGUGUGUUGAUGUGCGUAGGACUUCAAGGUUGAGCUUCCCAGGCCUCCAGGUGGGGCUGAACAAUUGGUGUCCAUUACCCCUGACACCAAGUAGACCCCAUGAAUGUUCCACAGGCAGGGCACAAAGGACUAAAGGCUGGAGGAUGAACAGUAUCUGUUCUGCCCUCCCUCCCUUCUGCUCGUGUUCCAAAGCAUCCCUACUCCUCCCCACCCCCAAAUUCCUCUUCUUCAGGUUCACACCCAGUGCCUGAACCCUAUUAAUAAUGUAUGUUCAGGUGAAUUCUCAGUCGACACUGGGAACUAGGCUGCGUGAUGCUAUUUCUUAGCUUUAGAAGCAGGUGUGCCUCUGCUUGCCUCCCACUAUAUACUCAGACACCAUGACUGGAAUCUCUGGCUACUGAAUCUUUUCAUGGAUUGCUGCUACUUCAAGCUUCACACUUGAAAUGAGACGGUUUUCCUGGGGGUGGGGGAUAGCAUCCAGACAUUCAGCAUUUGGGGCCCUUCUGAGAAAAGACCUUCUAGUAAGUGACCAUGGGAAACCCUGCUUCUCAAGGGUGAUGAUGGUGAUAGAGUGCGUGAGUGUGUGAGUGUGUGUGUAUGUGUUACCCACGGGCGAAUGUUUCUCAGGAUUCCUAACUUGAUUCAAAUUACUGUUGAGUUUAUAUAACGAAUGAGUCUCUGUACAGAAAAACAAAUGUGUGUGUUCACCCUCAGUUACAAUGGUCUCCAUUUCAUUUCAGAGAGGAUCAGACUUUCUGAAUAUAAACAUAAUUUGAUGUUAAUUUAUUCUAAGUACCCCAGGAUUUUAGUUGUCUUAGAGAAUUCUGCCUCUGUGAAUACUAUGUUAAUUUUUUUUUAAUUUGUGACAGGAUUGUAGCAAAUUAUUAUUUAAGGAAAAUAAAUUACAUGAACACUUUAAUGUGGUAUUUUUAAAUAGCAGUUUUUAUGUAUCCAGGAGCUACCUUCUAAUGGCAGUUAUAGAAAAAUGAUGCUUUGUUGUUAUUGUGGAUUUAGAUGAAGCCAUGUUGAUAUUUAGCAGACACUGGACCAAUUAAAUCAUUUCCUGGUUGUGAGAUAAGGAAGGAAGGGACCUGUCCAGAGGAGUCCAGGUUUCUAACGGUUCUUUCUCUGCAGGCUCAACCUAUCUUAGCUACUUCCCUCUUCCUGUCCUCUCCCCCACACAUAUUUUACUGCUCGAGGACAUGAGUAGGCAGGAGCGAUGCCCUGUGUAACAAGAAGCCCCUGGAAAGUUUGGAUAAAGGCUGAGAGAUUUGGUUCUCCAACCCACUCAACACCGAUUAGAUCUCAGCCUAGAAGCCAAGGGUCUCUACCUCUAUUUCCUUCUCUGGAAAAUAAGAGAAACAACACUCUUAGAAUGCGAGGACUGAUGAGAUCACACUAUGGAAAUGCAUUUUGCCCACUGGAAUAUAAACCAGCACUACUGAAGACCAGUUCCUUGGAAUUAUCGGCUUCUCUGUGGUUGGCCCUCAAAUACAUCAGACAAGCAGAAAUUUCUGGGUUUCCACAGAACAAUAUUCUUCUAGAAGGAGAAAGCAAGCAAAAGACGAUCACACUGAUACCCAGAUUCAGAACCCCACCCCCCAACGCCAGCAAAGCACCAAGAGGAGGAGGAGCAGGAAAUGCUGGCUACAUUUAAGUGGCACCAGGCCGUUUAGCAAACCAUCACCAUUUGAUAAAAAUGUAUUACCGCCCUGUGUGCAAAACACUUGCAAAGCCUGAAUGUCCUUGGAGAAUGUUUUACUGUUUUGUAAAAACAGGUAGUUUCAUGUGGCUAUGGGAAUGCUGUUGCUACACAUACAGAAGUUUCUCUGAAGCAUAAAAAACUGCAUCUGGCCUUUCUCUGCCACUGUGUGGGGCCAGCAGUUCAAACCCAGGAACAAGGUCCAUGGAUUCCUAGGAAGGACAAGAAACUAUCGCCAAGAGCAGAACACCCAAGUAAUUAGAUAUUCCUGAUUAAAGUCCGUAGCUCCAGACUCGUGCUCCCACACAUUCUGCCCUUCAACAAUCGCUCUGAAGAAGCUGUGUUUCAUCCUGACAACUGCAUCCGAAUCAGGGUAAAUAUUUUGCCUGGGAAAUUUGGCUAGAUGUUAAUGGAGACGAUAUUUACAUGCUACAUUCUGGCACCUUCCAGAAGAUCUCAGACAUACCAUGUAGGCUGACUUAAUCAGGAUGGAUUCCCUGCUGGUACCACUCUCUGGAACCUGCAACUUGGUCUUGUUGGCUUUCCAGAGAGAAAGCUGGAGUGGCUGGAUCACAAACCUCUACCAAUCACUUGUUUUUUGCCACAGUUGCUGAUACCGAAAUAAUGCAUUUAGACUAGUGUAGAUUCUGUUGCUGCUAUGUUCCUGCUUGGUCCUUUUAGUAUUAAUAUUCUUUAAAAUUAUCAUUUUAGGGGCACUAAGGGACCUUUCAUCCUCCCAAAGCAAUGAUGAGCAGCAUCAGUAGGAAAAAUAUUGUAAGAGGCAGGACUCAGUCCAGACCUGGACAUAAGGAAGCUGAGUUACCCUCCGUUCUUUUACAUGGCUUUGGGCUGGACUAGAUAAGCUCAAGAUUUUAUUCCAGGGAAACAAAAUUUAUCCUUAACCAAGUCUGAAGAGCUGACACAUAUGCAUAUCCUGUUUCAAACCAGGAGGAUGUCUUAGCCCUUGGCACUGUGGACUAUGAAGACAAGAUUGCCACUCCUGGUUCUCGAUUGUCAUCCAAGACUAAAAGCAGACCCAGUAAAGAUGGCAAAGGUCAUGUGACCUCAGCCUAGGGAACCAAACUACAGAGACUGAUGUUGGCUGUCUCAUCAUCAUGAUAGCUCACGUUCAGUCUGAAGCAACCAAAGGAUUGUGUUAAGCCAUGUUGUUUUCAAAAGUAUCUUACUGGUUCAGCAAUAUUUUUUUUUUCUGUAAAUUUGAAAUGUUUUACAUUCUGACCUGUUGUCAGUGACUACUGGAAAACAGUUUGGUCAAUAUAAAAGCAUUCAAGCUAUGCAACACUA